CAUCUAUAUCCCAAAUUAACUGUAAUUACAAUGGUGUUUUAUGUAUGGUGUGUUCCAGCUGUAUCCAGUGACAGGCAGGUGGAACUUAUGAAGACACUGAUAGAGUCGUUGCCAGAAGAAAACUAUGCAUCACUGCGAUACCUCAUCACAUUCCUGGCAAAGGUAUCAGCCAACAGUGAAGUGAAUAAGAUGACCAACAGUAACCUGGCUGUGGUGUUUGGUCCUAACCUGCUCUGGGGACGGGACAACGCCAUGUCACUCAGCGCCAUUGGGCCAAUAAACAACUUCACUAGAAUCCUGCUGGACCACCAGCAUCUGGUCUUUACCUAAACCCUGCAGUCUCUUGCAGUCGGAAACACCCUUUUCCAUUAAACAACCAUACAUUUUAAAAGGGUCCAUUGAACCAAUUGCAUUUCAUUUUGUCUCCCAUCGGUCUUAACAUUCUGAUUGGCCCAUUAACAGUGUCUUGUUGAUAACAGCAGUGUGGAGUGCUACUAUCUUCUGGCCAGCAUUCCCAUUUGCAUGUGACUCGAGGCAUGUGGAUGUCAUUGGCACAUACAUUAGACUGCAGACAAAUAACCCUCAAUAAACAAUGUGUAGCACAAAAUUCAACAUUCAUUCACAAUGAAUCACUUUGUUUUGACUGUGGAGAUCAAAGGCAGUAAUUUAACUUUAAAGUGGCAAAGUUAUUCUGGAAGCGUUUAUUUGUUUUUGUUUAUUUUUGUUGCUUUGCUUUUUGUCAUUUUGAUAAGUUGGAGCUGUUUUACAGUUUUACAACAUAUAGUUAAUCAAAGGAAACCACAGAAUUUGGGGGCAAUUUUGCGAAAUCAAAAUCAGGAAGUGGAUCUUCACAAUUACUACUACAUAACAAAAAAAACUAGAUGAUAUGAGGUGAAGAUCCACUUUGUUACAGCAUUUGAUUUCAUGGAAUUCUGUGGUUUCCUCCCACUAACUAUGUAUAUUGCAAAACAGUUUUUGACUUGUCACAAUAAUGCAUGGAUGAGAAUACCUUAUUCCAACUUGCAGAAAUAGUUCCAGUGAUUGCCCUUAAAGUCUGGCAACUCACAGAAGACAUAUUUUUUAUAAAAAAAAUGUACAGAAUCAAAGAAGGUGGGGAUAACCUGAAAUUCAGUCACUUUUGUCGAGCUCCA